AUGGCCCCGUUGCCGACUGGCGUGUGGUGGGGGCCGGAGGCGGCCGCGGUCUGGCCGGGGGGCCGAGCGGCGGUCUGGCUGGGCGACGGCGGGGCUCCACCGCUCCUUACGGUUGCCUUCGCCGCCUUGGCCGUCUUACUACUGAUGUCCGUUUUGCUGCUGCUGUGUGCCGGAUGCCGCGGGCAGAAGAAAGCAGUCAAUGGGCAUCCAGCAGGAGACCGAGUCGACCUCAUGGAUGGAACAUCGGAUAAGGAGACCAUCAGCCAAUCGGCCGACAGUCCGGCGACGGACAUUUGCGUGAGCGGCUCGCACAACGGACCUCUGACCAGCGGUACGAUUCUCACAGAUACGCAAGCCAGCAGCCCCCAGCCGUCGGAAGACACGCCCUCCGGCCAAUGGGAGCGCAGGUCCUCCAAGUGUCCGCAGGGCCGCGAGCUGCCCAGCAUCCCGCCCAGCGGCUCCUUGGUCAGGGGCGCUGCCCCGCCCACGUCGGCGGACGCCACCUACGAGAUGGUAAAAGAAAUAUCGACAGCGUCCCGCGACGUCAGCGUGGAGGAUUCGCUCUACGAGACUGUGAAGGAGCUCAAAGACCACCAGACGAAGCCGGUCCUCCCCAACGGUACCGCCGGCCAGUCGCCCACAGACGCCCCACCUCCUCCGCCACUGGUCAACGGCCACGUCCCGGCGGUCAGCCCCGGCACGCCCGAAUACGCCUCGGUGGACCGCAACAAGAAAAGCCGCUACAGUGCCGACUUGGAGGCCAAGCGGCGUUCCGGAGGCACAACUAAGACGGAACCCGAGGAUUUGCCGCCACCGCUACCGGAGAAAGUUCUGGAUGAAAACGAUAAUCAGCCCGCGCUGCUAAAUGGACACGCUGAGCCGCAGGAUGGGAAGUCUUGCGAGGACUCUGCUGCAGACCGAACAAGCUCGGACGAUGCUAACGUGGCCCGAGAGGACAAGGAGGACGACUACAGCAGCAUCGCCGAGCUCAAAGGAAUGAUCCCGACCGGGUCUUCCGGGGACCUGUACGCUAGCGUGAAGGACGUCUACGCCCAGCCGGCGGGGGACGCUAACCGGGACGCCGCCGACCCGGGCUACGAGAGCAUCCGCGUUCCAAAGACUGGGGACGAGGACCGCGAAAACGGUGCUCACGAAAACUCUGAACCCGACUACGAGAGUGUUGGGGAGUUGGGUCUGGGGCGGGAAAUGUCUCGUCUUUGA